AAUUCAUACGUCGCAUGUCCAUACACACACGCUCGACCGUUCUUUGUAUUGACCCACCCACACUUCCGUUCGUCGAACGUUCGUCUCAGAUUGCUCUCAACUUUCGCGACCGACAUCGUCGUCGGAGGAGACAAAGGGCCAAGUCGAGCGUCAAAUAUCCUGUACCUGACUCGUCUUGUUGUCGAGUAUCGUCGAGAAUCAACGGAUCGAUCAUGCGACAGCGCGUAUCGCGUUUCUGUGCGACGCGAGGUCGUCUCGGAAACGCAGCGCCCUAAAGAAAGGAAAAGGGAUCCGCGAGCGAGGCCGGACGGGACUUGUCAGACUGAUCUCGUAGUCGUUUCGCCUGGGCAUCACUGGAGGCAUAUACGAUAUACUUAUCUUACAGAUAACUUAUGACAGAUGAAUGUUGUAACAAUGACUUCGGGUUACUUUGAUCUGCCAAUUAAUAUGGACAGAGUAUGCAGGAUUUGUCUCACCGAGGGUAAUAAUCUAUCGCCAAUCUUCUCCGCUAAUCAAGAUGUAAACAAUUACUCAGGUCUCCCUCAAAAAAUACAAGUCUGUGGUUCCAUUGAGAUACACGAACAGGAUGGAUUACCUUCCUUAAUAUGCGACACUUGUAUUUAUAACGCGACCGUUGCGCUCGAAUUCAGACAGCAGUGUCAACUUUCCGAUGCAAAAUUACGCGCAUACUAUAAUAAGCCCGCCAAAUGUAAUAUUACGCAUUCUUAUACACAGACGGAUUUACAAACGAGAUUUCUACUAUCAAAAAAGUCAGAACAUAUUGAAGAAGAUUAUUUUGUGAAACAAGACAUGGAAGUGGUGGCAAAUCCACAAGAGUACAUUCAGUCCACCGACUCAUUUUCCAGAGGCGAAAUCAGUUUAAAUACCAAUCAAAUUCAUAUGUCAGAUGACAAGCUAUUUAUAUGUUCUAUCGGAUUUGAAGGGAGUAAAGAGGAAGUGAAGGAUUCUUGUAUAUCAGAGAACGAGGUUCAUCAGAUGACAAUAGUACAGGAAGAUGCGCAAGAUGCAUCUAACAUUAUGAAUAUAAAUAAAGAUGAAACCAAGGAAGUUGAUCAGUACAUAGAGAAAGACAAUACAGAACAAGAGGAGUUUGUUAAUGAGGACAUACCCAAUGAGAAUAUCGAAGAGGAAGAGAGCAUUCCGCAAAAACGUACGUCCAUGAGAAAAACGAAAUUGGCGUCGACCAAGACAUAUAGCGACGAUGACAUCGGCGACAAUUAUUACGAUGUCGAGCCGAGCAGCGACAGUCAAGAUUCAGUGGAGUCGAAAUUUAAAUGCAAGGUUUGUUCCAAACAAUAUGCUACACAAAAAGGUCUAAAGAAACAUUCGCUGGUUCACGAGAAAAAGUACAAAUGUAAUGUCUGCUUGAAAAUGUUUUACAAGCAGGAAAAUAUGGAGAGCCAUCAGAAGAUACACGCAUCGAAGCCGCAUGCGUGUCAACUCUGUCACGCAUCAUUUUCGAAACCCCAAAGUCUCGUGAGGCACCUAAAAUCUCACACAGAAAAGGUAAAUGAUAUGAUCAAACAGAUCAAUACGAAUGAGCGAAAGGAUAAUAAGGAACCGAAGAAGGAGCUCAAGAGCGAAGACGACACUGACGAUGAGACCGGACCUGCAAACGAAACGGAUGAAUUCGAGAACGCGCCCGAGUUGUACAAAUGUGAGAUUUGUAAUCAAUAUUGUUCAUCUCUGAAGAACCUGAGGAGGCAUGCCCUCGUGCACGGCGAUAAAAAGUACUCGUGCACCGUAUGUAAAAAAUGGUUCUUCAGGCCGGAUACGUUGAAGAAACACGCGGAGAAGCACGGGCACGGGUUGUUGGACAAUUUGGCAGACGACAAUAAGUUGUACGAUUCGGAUGACGACGAUGUGCCCGCUAAUAACACGGUGGAUCCCGUGCCGGAGAGCGAGAACGUGAAGAGAGAGGAGAGCGAUGAGGAGGGGUCCGGAGAAUACAAGUGCCAGCACUGCGACAAAGUCAUGGCUACCAAAAAAGGUCUGCGACGACACGUGUCAAUGCACAAACCAAAAGCUGAACCCGUGACCUGCGACGUCUGCAGAAAGGUCUGCGCCAGCCAAGCUCGUCUCAUCCUCCAUCAGAGAACGCACAAACCGAAGGAGAAGGUUCCGCGUGAAUAUCUGUGUCACAUCUGCAGUAAGGUAUAUCCCAGCAACUCGUCCCUCACAUAUCACAUGCGAACUCAUACCGGCGUCAAGCCGCACGUGUGCAAGACGUGCAAUAGUGGCUUCACGACGACGACGAGUCUGGCAAAUCACAUUCGCAUUCACACGGGCGAUAAGCCGUUCGUAUGUCACGUGUGCAGUGCUGCGUUUGCCGUAAGUUCGGCCUUUCGCAGACACCUGACCCGGCACACCGGCGAAGCGAAUUAUCUGUGCAAGACGUGCGGCAAGGCUUUUAAGCGACUCAGUACACUCAAGGAGCACACGUACACUCAUUCUGGUGAGAAGCCGUACGUGUGCAAGACAUGCGGCGCCGCGUAUAGUCACAGCGGCAGCCUCUUCGCGCAUCAAAAGCGUUGCCGUGCUCAAUACGGCGAAAUGAUCGUUGAAGAUCACAAUCAUCAUCAUCACAUAUCGCACUCGGUCGCUCAUAUUCACGUGAAUAUGAAUAACGUAAAUAAUGGGGCGGGAGUGCGACCAGUUGCUGUGAUAGGUCAAAUGUUCUAAGAAAGCCGUGUGUUGUAUAAACUUUUAAUGCCUUUGGCGAAUAAUUGUGACAGAAUGCUGCUAAGCAGUUGUAAAUGCUAUGUGUUGAAACAACAAGUGUGCGCACAUAUAGAAUUACAUGUCAUCUGUAAAUAUACGUACAGCUCCUUUUUUUGACUGAUGAGAGAAACAUUCUUUGAGUAUACCUUGCACUUACAAGGCUGUUGCAUGCUAGUGUUUUGCUUUUAGAAACAAAUCAAUGGUAUCAUUGAAUUAUAUAAAUAUAACAACAUUGAUACAUUUUAUGAAGAAAAAAGUUUUCCAAGUAAUAAAUUGCCAUUAUUAAAAUCGCGAAUUAUUUUUUUAUUAUUUGUAAUUUCAUACAUAUGAAUGUAUGGUAUGAAUGUAUGGACGCUGCGCAUAUAUAUCGUGUGUGUAUACACACACGCACACACACAUACAUAUAUAUUUUUAUACUACACACACACAGACACACACACAAUCCAGACUUGG